AUGAGGAAGCAAUCCUUCGGCUAUGGCGAUCAUGCCCCGCCCAAUGCGCCGGGCUUUGGAGGAGAGCACCAGCAGUAUCCUCCAGAGACUGUGUCCAACACCGUGAAGUACAUCUCUGAGAACAUGACGAACCCGCCCAAGUAUAAGGAGAUUGUAGAG